CUCGCUCACCUGCCGUCCCGUUUCGCCCACGCGGCGAAACAACCAACACCAAUAGGCAAUGGCCGAGGAGCUCCCACUGUCCCGCACGCGCGCGCCCGUUGCGUUGCUUCUCCGUCUCCCCGAAUUCUCCCUCCGUCUCGGCCGUCGGCACUCAUCUACUGUCCAGUGUCCACACACCAACGCGCGCGCGGCGCGGCGGUAUGGCUUGCGCGGCCGCUCCCAGCCCCCUCCCCGGCGUCCCCGCUCGCCGCAGCACCACGGCGCCCUGCGUGGUCUUCGCCGUGGGCCCCCACCCGCCGCGAUUCUACAGACCUUUUAAACCCUCCACGGGAGGCGCGCCACGCUCCAGCCUGCGCGUCGUGGCCUCUAGCUCCAAGGCGGACCCAGUAGAGGAGAGACUCCCAGUCGCGCCGCUCGCGGAUGUUCUAGUUUCGGCCAACGCCUCCUCGCCCAGUCCGCCGGUGGAGCCUCAGCCCCAAGUAAGCACCGGCACAUGGAAAUGGAGGGGCUACAACAUUCGCUACCAGCACGCUGGGACAGCAGGCCCUGCAUUGGUUCUGGUUCAUGGGUUUGGGGCAAACAGUGACCAUUGGCGGAAAAAUAUGUCUGUUCUAGCCAUGGCACACAGGGUAUAUGCUAUAGAUCUAAUUGGUUAUGGCUAUUCUGAUAAGCCUAACCCACGUGAGAUCGAAGAGAACUUUUAUACUUUUGAGACAUGGGGAGAACAGCUGAAUUCAUUUUGUGCUGAAGUUGUCCAGAGUGAAGUUUUCUUCAUAUGCAAUUCAAUUGGAGGAGUUGUUGGUCUGCAGGCAGCUGUUAUGGAACCUAAAACAUGUAAGGGAAUUGUUUUAUUGGAUAUUUCACUAAGGAUGCUUCAUAUCAAAAAGCAGCCAUGGUUUGGAAAGCCUUUCAUCAAAUCUUUUCAAAGUCUCCUAAGGAACACUAUUGUUGGGAAGCUAUUUUUUAAUGCUGUUGCUACACCAGAAUCUGUGAAAAAUAUUCUUUGCCAGUGCUAUCAUGACACAUCUGCAGUGACAGAUGAGCUAGUUCAGAUUAUUCUACAGCCUGGUCUUGAUCCUGGAGCAGUGGAUGUAUUCCUUGAGUUCAUCUGCUACUCUGGAGGACCUCUACCUGAAGAGUUGCUUCCAUUGGUGAAGUGUCCAGUUUUGGUAGCAUGGGGGGAGAAGGACCCAUGGGAGCCUGUUGAGCUUGGAAGAGCCUAUGCAUCUUUUGAUACAGUUGAAGAUUUUGUUGUCUUGCCAGAUGUUGGACACUGCCCUCAGGAUGAAGCACCUGAGCUUGUUAAUCCACUUGUCGAAUCAUUUGUCCAGCGCCAUACUUAGCACAUGGGCGAGCAUCUUUCAGGGCCCUGCCUGAGGCAGGGCGGGAGGAGCGGCCGACCUGGGCCCCCAUCUCCCAGGGGCCUACCGUACACAAAGUUCAAUAGGAAUAUAGGAUAGAAACGGAUAUUAUUUACUAUACCAAUAUAUUUUUGAGUUUGUUAGGAGAAUGGAUUGCUGUCCCAAUAUAUUUGUUGUUUAUCGGAUAUUAUUUACUAUACCAAUAACUGUGGCAUCAGCUGAAAGGAGCUUCUCAAAGCUUAAGUUAUUGAAGAAUUAUUUAAGGUCUACAAUGUCUCAAGAAAGGUUAAACGAACUAGCAACUUUAUGUAUUGAGAAGAAAUUAUUAGAUGAUGUCAAUAUUGAAGCCAUCAUUGAGGAUUUUGCAUCUAGAAAUGUUAGAAGAUAUUUUUAAGUUGAUCUCUACAAUAUAUUUGAGGUAAUAAUCUUACUUCUAUUUUUUA